UGUAGGACAAACCAUUUUUCCCCUCUUUAAAGCAAUUCAAACUAUACUGCAAUUUAGAAGCAUGAACAAAUUUUUAUUCUAGACAAAUUCUAAUUUUUAUUUAUUGGGAAAGAGUUUAUAAAGUUUUUAUUUUAAAUUGUGGUCAUUAAAACAUUUUAAAAACCAAAAUGACAUCAGAUCAUAAACAAGGACAGAUCACUAUCCCUGAGCCUCCCAUCAAAGCAGUGAAAGUACCACUGAGGAAAAUGGAUUACACUCACUACUGUCAUCUCCUUAAAAAAAUGGAGAUGCCCUUUGUGAGAGGACGUGAGGACAGACAUAUAUUUAGCAGUUUUGAAGAGAAAGACAGUCGUGCUUUCCUAAAAUUUCACCCUUAUCCUUCUCCUGGCCAGCCAGACUAUCACUUAUACUGUCCAUAUCCCCCACCUCCUGGGAAAGAUUUUGCCUUAUUUCCACAUCGAAAAGAAAUGUCAUUGGGUGAUCCUUGUUCAGGAUUUAUAAGUGCAGGAGGUGAUGCUAAUUUAUUGCCUGGAGUUGGCAAAAGCAUCCCAAACUUAGCAAAUUACAUUGAUGUGAAGCCUCAACAACAAAUUCCUUUAACAGAAAAGGGAUUAAAGAAAGAAAUUAAAAAGCGAACAACACUAUUAGAAGAGAUAAAUGAGAACACAAGAUGGAAUUCCACGAAAACAUCUGAUGCUGUCAUGAGAGCCAGACUUGGAGGUUGGACAAGCUCAAAGAAGGUUAUUCCUGAUCUAACUAAAAUAAAAGGCGGUUUUGGCACAGCCAGAUUUUCAUUUGUUGAUUCAAAACCCAAGCAUGAAGAAGGUAGAGUUCCAAUAAAGAGUGAGGAACAGAGAGUAAAAGAAUCAUUCUACAAGACUAGUACACAAAAAGCAUUUGAAUUAGUUCCUCUGGAUCGGCUGUACCCACCAAAGCUCACCCCACCACUAACGACAUUUGAAAGGAGUGCUGACCCUAUUUCACACUGUUCUCUACUGAAAAGAUAUGAGUCAGAGAUAUCGACAAGUCAGUGUGUUGGGAACCUCUGGGACAGAUUUCAAACAAGAUCUUUCAUAUCAUCAAAAAGACCAAUUAAUUUUGUAAGCUCAAGUAGUCGAACUCAAUAUGUUCCUCUUUACACUGGUUAUACUGAGUCCUUAAACCCUGAUGACAUAGAUAAUCCUGAUGGUGACCUUAAAUCUUUGGGCAAGCCUCGGACUUCAAAGAUACUACAUACAAUUAUGAACCAGUCUGAAAAUAUUCCAGGAUAUUCUGGCAAGGUUCAUUUCGCAGCCACCCACCCAACAAAUUCCAAUAUUCCACCAACAGGCCCAGACACAAGUUCAGCAAUUCGGCGCAUCAUUUGUGAAAAUAAGGAUGAGCCUAAUUUUCGUCACAAAGGACCUUUAUCAAAAAUGGUUACACUGGUGGAGCCAUACUGCUCUUUCAAUAAGAUGUCAAAGAAACCUAAAUAGCCAUAGAUAAGACUGUCUUGUAAGUGGUUAAAUGCGUCAGUAUGUGUAUGCUCUAUGCCAAUAAAAAAUUACAGAAACAGCUUC